AUGGAAAUUUCUCCACUUCCCCCGGACAACCCAUCCUUUUCACGCCCAUUCGCCGAUACCCAAGAAGAGGAGGACCGUGCGGUGCUUUCUCCUGACACGAAGUGCUCUCUCGGUGCAUCCAGUGCUCUCGUCCGACCCACUACCCUCUGUGCGAACUCACUGCGCUGCCUGCACCUGCUACUGCAGUCAACAUAUACCAUGUUACCGUCUAUUUCGCAUGAUACUGCCUACGGAGUUCAGAUCAAUUUGACAUCAGGCUCAUUUUACUGGUGUGACGACUAUGGACUUGGUGUACAGGAGAAAGAAUUGUUGAGGCUUGAGGCUAAGUUUCUUCAACAUUCACUCGAGCUCGACGAAGGGGACCAGCUGGAAAAAGUCUCCCGGUAUAUUGAAGACAAAGCAAAAGGAAUAAAAACAAGUGGUUCUUCGCUGCUGGUAGCCCCGCAGGUCAAAAAGAACCUUGAAACUUUAGAGGGCGAUGCCAAAUUCCUCAAUCUCCUUCGUAGCGGGUUUUCGGGACCAAUCCGUGCGGGAAAGAUCUGGGGAGACUGCAAAUACAAAGAAAUGGUCACUUUCACUAAGCAGCGCUUUGGUCCCGCUUAUGCUCUGCUGAUUAUUUGCGUUUUCGGUGCACGGAUUCCAGGAGACCCGCAGGGGACUUCUGCCCACCGUAGCGGCCAAAAUUGGCAUGCUACCGUAAUGAAUGGAGGUGCACACCAGUCAAUUAAUGUCGGCAGCCUCACAUGGAGCACGAGAAGGACACAAUUUCUGGCCUUAGUGCAUUCUAUGAGCCGCAUUUGUAUUCGCAAAGACAUCCUGUGGCGGGGACUUUUACUUCAACACCGAUGGGACCGUAACGGUAAUCGGACAACCGCUUCUCGGACAGACAUCACGGAUUUCGCCGAACUUUUCGCUAAUGAAAAUACCUUGGAUCAGGAGAUCGAAGGUUGUCUCAACUGUGGACUGAUCAGAAGGUUCACACUCGAGGAUGGCACUCAAUGCUACACACUGAACGGUGGGUUAGAGAGCUGGCAGCAUUGCGACUACUCGCGACAAUUGUGGGUAGCUCUGUUUGCAUUCGCAGCAUAUAUCUAUCCCCGCGAUGAGAAGUUGGAAGACUCGUUCCGUGCCACUGGUAAGCUCUUAAUGCCGGUGAUGAAUUUACUAUGGGAAUACCUCAAGGAAGGAGAUUUUCAGGAUCUACCGUAUAUUGUCAGGGCAAGCUUCAUUGAGGCAUCUUUAUCGGCCUGUAGGCUGGCAAAUGCUGCUCACGCAAAGUCUAUUGUGUCGACAGUUCGCAGAUUGCAGGUUCCAUUUGUACCUCCGCACCUGGCGGCGAUGCUUAGCUGGCAAGAGAGUGUUUCUCUCCGGUGGGAGGGGGAAAUUGAUAAGUCGGAUACUGUUCUAGACGGAAUCUUCCACCAGCUUCCUGAGGCUCCAAAGUCAGACCCGGACAUAAGAUUAUAUUGUGCGUACGGCCGCUUAGUGUUUUCACGGGCGGAAAACGCGAUAAUGCGGAAUGACUUUGAUCGCGCAUGGCAAUACGUGGACCGCUGGGAGAGCAGAAGUCACCCUCCUUCAAUGAUGGAGGUCAAACUGAGCCGACUCUUCAAUACUGUCUUUGGGAGAAUAGCCAGGUACACAGGAAAGUUCUUGUAUGCUCAACAUUGUUUUGAGCGUUGCCUUCAUAACGAUGACCCCAGUUACCGCCACAUUCAAUUUCACCUCGCUGAUAUCUACUGUGAGUUGGGAUGUGCUGAGCUGGCGAAAGAUCUGCUCCUAGGUGACGUGGAAAAGCUGAGGCAAAAGAACAGCCAGAAAUUGAAAGCAUUCAGGCGUCUGGCGCUCCCAUUAGCCGAGGCUCACAUCAAUUUAAGAGAGCUUAACGCUGCAAGAUACACCUUGGAGGAGGCACUCAAGGUUUAUGAGAGCAUCAAGGACCAUGAUGUGACUGACCAACUAGGCCAUGUUCGCACGCUCAUUAGCCUAGCACGAGUGGAUUGGUAUGAAUGCAUGUACUCAGGUGCUAACGAAAGGCUCAAGCGUGCAACGGCGCUCGUUGAGAGUUAUUCAACAUUCAUAACCCGUGGGUUUGACUUUGCAUUCAUCACCCUAUUUCACUCUGUUGUGAAGAGAGCGCUGGCCAAUGAGCUCCUCUCAGAGGUAUCCCGUGGCUACUUCAUGGCAGGGAACGGAACAUAUUUUUUCGAAGAGAUUUCUUCCAGUGCCUGGAAGUGUAUUUCAAGUCAUAAUACGGAGCUCUCUUCAGUUCCCUUUGGUCUCAAGAAUUCUCAACGCACCGCUCACUAA